GCGUGUUUGUUGCGCGCGCGCGUGUAUGUGUGCGCGCGCGCGCGCGUGUGUGUGCGCGCACAGCUCGAUGUGUCAGCGGUUGCGCUCGCGCGCGCGCGCGCGUCUUUCUCCGCUCGUUGCCGCGGGCGCGAAGUGUCUCUUUAACUUAUUAACGCUCACGGCCAAUACAUACUGGACUUUCGUUCCGAGGAUCUUGCCGAUGCGAUGAACUCUCUUGGCUCUUCUCUAUUUCUCUCUUGCCCCUCCUUGCCGCUGCCUCGAAUAACGGCGGGGUGUUUGAAUCCUGCUGAAUUAAGACCGGCGAAUUAAUGACGCGAAUCUUUCGUCACCCUCCUCCUUUCUUUCUUUUAUUUUUAGCUCACACAGCUCCGACGCUCGCUUUCUUUUCACGGUCUCGUGCUAUAGUUGUAAUUUCAGCCGCGGGCUGCAUGAUUCAUUCGUGCAAAUGCAUAAAAUAUCACAGAUUACACGACACAUGUACGUGCGCGCGAAUAAUAAUGACUCACGUGAUAGUGAAAGAAGUAGCGACGGACCUACAUCGGGGCAGACGUCACGUUGAUUGAGAAAUACUCGUGUUGACCCGCAUAGAGACGACCCGAAGGAGAUCUCCUAUACGAGAGUAUAAGCGUGAGUUCUGUGAUCGGAAUAAAAAUACCGUCGAGACCGACUCACGGGAAGGAAACGGGAGCAGUAGAUCGAGAGGAAGAAGGGCAGGAAGGGAGAGCAGUACCGUGACAGUGGCAACGACCAGGUGGGUCUCUGACCUGCGUAGAACAGCGGAUUCGUAGUCUCCGGACAACGUGACGACUUCCAUUCCUAGAGCGUAAUCAUCAAGCAUUUAACGAAAUUAACGAAAGCGUGCCAUUGCUUGGUGGAUUCGUUAAUUUUUGCAUGAUAUUAUUUGCACACGCUUUCACUUUAAACGCAAAAGACGCAACUGAAAAGGAUGGAGCGACGUUAGAUGCAGCACGGAAUUAAAGUGCAGAUACCGGACAAUAGACGUGAUAUACUCACCGGUCAGUUGAAAUAGAAGCCGGAAACUAUGGGCGUCGGUAUCGGCUUUCGGACCGAUGAGUCACAGUCCGCGAAACGGUUCUAGUCGACAAUUCAUAAUUUCCUUUCCGUUUGCGCCGCUCGUUGUUCGUCACGCAUCCAGUGGGGAAGUAGCAAUUUGAUUAAUCCUGCAAGCAAACAGCUCAGUAAAUAACGGUGCUCGGAAAACGCGGCUCUCGCCUGAGAACGCAGCUCGGAGGAAACGCUACGCUCUCACAAAUGCUCGUCUUCCUGAUAACUAGAAGAUGCAAAAAACUAACUAGAAGAUGAAAAAGAAAACAACGCUUGAUAGUCUUAUCUUGGAGAAAUCUAUGAGUCGGAAAGCUACAUUUGUCGCAGCAAAGGGAGAACUCUCAUACGUUUCAGAAUCAAUGGCUCGAUAUCAAAGCAUAGAAGCAGAGAAUUUCUCUUCCUGAAAAGACACGGGCUCGAGGAAGAAUCUCGCUGCCACAAUGGCGACGAAGCCGAUACCAAAGCCACGGUCUCUCCUGACCGAUAACAGGCCGAUACCGGCGCCCCGAAGAAUCCCACCGACCUUACCGCCGGCUCGCUCCAGCAGUCCCACUAGCGAGUCCAGUCAGUCAGAGAAGAGCGACGACUUGAAGUCGACCGGCACCAAUGAGAGCCAGCGCGGCAACCAUGAGUUCUUUCGCAGCCUCAGCACGAGUUCGCGCCAGCUGAAGGAGGAGAUCUCGGAGAAGAUGACGGUGAAGGGGCGCGCCAUGAUCUCCAGCACGCGGAACGCCAGCAUCCGGCUGGAGAGGUCAGUGAAGAACCUGCUGACCCGCAGGCUGUCGUCCUUGAACCAGGACGACGUCAGUCAGGCCGGCGCGAAGAAGCUCAAGGACCCGGUCGAGGAGGACAGAUGCGUGUCCAUGCCGGCCGACGACAUUUUCAGCAGCAUCUCGUUCUACAGUCCGCUCAGCGGCAAUCUGAGGAGCGUGAAGAACGAAGAGGAUCUGUCCGACGCCAGGCACAGUCCGCCGCCCCCGGUUUAUCCGCCACCCCCGCUUCCGGACGAGUCUAUCUACGACGAGCUGCAGUCCGUCAUAUCGGGAAGCAGCGGCCGAUACGACACUCUCAGCUCGACGGUGUCCGACAAAGUCGAGCGGGACUUCCCCGAGUCGUUCAAUCUCCUCAGUUUAGCGCGAAAUCAGGAUAGCGAUUCCGACCAAAGCUUAAACUUGUCUGACAUCAACGUUAGUCUGUCGCAAGACAAGUCCGAGACGUCCAGGAAGUUGGCGCGGUCAGAUUCUUGGACUUUUUACGACACCACGCCUAGCGCGAAGCCCGAGACCAUCGAUGAAAUCGAUAAGGUGUCCAGCAUAGAGGAGGAAAGCCUGGAGAAGUCUUGUGAAAGAGGAGUAUCGACGAUAGAUCGAACCUCUUACGCGUCCAACGAGAGCCACGCUUCUAUCCAGAAUUCCAUCUACGAGAAUCUGCUACCACCGAAGGUCGAGAGCUGGCAGCCGUCUCUGACGAGUCCCUCGGACACCAGGCAGCAGAGCAGCAAGUCCCUGCUCUUCGAGUUCGACCCGUUCGCGAGGACUCCCGACGAAAACGUCUACAGCAACUAUGAGAAUAACGACCUAAUGCUGCUGGAGGCAUUGUUGGCUACUAACGAUUCGUCCAGCAGAGCCAGCAGCACCUUGGAGCUUCACGAGAGCAUCGACGUUGAGGAGGAACACGAGGAAGAAGACCCGACGCAUCCUGGCGUCAGUUUGACCCCUCCGGAGCCGCCCAAGAGGUUCGAUUCUCUCCCCAAAAAUGAAUACGACGAAGUGGAAGGCGUAGAGCAACCCGAUAAGACUGUUUCCAGUAAAAAUCCACCUCUGCUGCCGAAGCUGGCGCACUUGGUGACGAAGAAGCAGCCUGCGGUGCCUCCCAGGAAGCCUACCCUGAAGAAUCCCGUAGACAAUUCGUCUCUGACGUCUUCCAAACCGGCUGUGAGUGCUACGACGACAGCGACACCUGUCAAUAAUGUUGAGGGCAAUGUUACCAGUCCUUCGUCCGGUGUCAGGAUCGCCGAGGAUCACCGCAAAGUCAGUGUGAUACAGAAGCUCAGGAAACUGCGCCAAGAGUCCGCGGUGCAUGCCAUCAAGCCCAAUGUGAUCAGUUUUGUGAAGACCGGUAGUAAAUUUUUGUCCAGGACUCGUGAACAUAUCGGUGAAUCCAUUCCGAGAUCGCCACGAAUGGAGAGACCAAAGGUCAACGCCCCCCAUAAUCAGGUCACACACCGGGGAAUGGUGUAUAGAUCUGGUGUGGGUAUCGAGAGGGCCAAAGACCUCGUGCCGAGAGCAGCAGUAUUGAUGGAUCGGAAAUUAUCGUUCUACACGGACAAGAGUAUGUCUACACUGAAGGAAGCCGCGGAACUGGAGGCAAUACAUAGUAUUCAUCUGCUGCAGGACGUCAAGACCAUGAACGGCGAGACGGUGCAUUGCAUAGCGAUUAACGGCGAGUACAGACCGGCCGUGCACGUUUUCUACGCGAAAAGCGUCGCCGAGAGGCGAAUCUGGGCCCAGAGAAUUCUCGAGGCUACCACACCGGUCUUCCCCACAAAGUACACCGCCGAAUUCACCAAGGCAGGUUGGACUUACCUGAAGGAAGGCGUAACAGGAACGUGGUUCUCAGCUUGGCUCUUGUUGCAACAAAGGAACCUAAUUUACACGAAAUCCUCUGAACCUGCAUUCGCCGUGAACUUUGAGCAAGUAGAUCUGCGAAAAGCCCGUUGCAUCGUGUUGCGGGAACAGGAAGGACCGAUUAGCGGAUGCGGACUCGUUCCUGUGGUAGUUGUCGACGCGGGAGGCAGCGGCGCCUUGCACAUCGCCACACCGGCGAAAAACGAGGCACUCGCUUGGCGACACGCGCUUUAUCAGGCCGCUACAAAUUGCGGUCCCGCCUUAGACCAGCAGCAGAUCACGCAGGACAACGUGCCGGUCAUCCUAGACAAAUGCGUCAACUUUAUCUACGCGCACGGCAUGAUGUCAGAGGGCAUUUAUCGUCGCAGCGGAUCGAGCAGUGCCGUAGUGAGACUGCUGGAGGCUUUCAGGAAGGACGCGUGGGCCACGCAAAUCACACGGAACUCGUACACGGAGCACGAUGUCGCCACUGUUCUCAGGAGGUUCCUACGCGAUUUACCGGACCCAUUGUUCCCGGCUAAUAUUCACGAUCGACUCUGCCUCGCCGUAGAAUCGACCAGCGAGGAGAACAGAGUAGCGACUUAUCAGAAAUUACUGUCCAUCCUCAAUCCUGUAACGUCGGCGACGCUGAGGCGAAUUCUGGCGCACUUGCACGGCCUCAGUCAGCAGAGCGCCAGAAACCUGAUGACUGUAGAGAACCUGUCCGCAGUCUGGGGCCCCACGUUGAUGCACGCGGGUGAGAACAGCGCUGAGGAAUGGAACCGCGCCGAGACCAAGGUCAUCGGCGAUCUCAUCAGGUUGUAUCCGAAACUCUACCAGCUGUCGCCGGCCGAGUUGGCUAAGGAGGCGAAGAUGCUAGAGGUUCUGGAGAAGCAUCACGUGUCCAACAACGGCCCGCGGGCUGCGCCCUCGGGCGAUUUGAAGAUGUGGAUAUAUAUCUUGUCGCCGAAUGGGGAAUGUGUGAACGUCACCAUCGGACCUCAGAAGACUGCCUUCGACGUAUGCCGAGAACUUGGCGAGAAAGCCAACUUACCAGCUCACGAGUUGUGUUUAGAGGAGUACACGCUGUCCGGCGCACUGGAGCGACCGUUGCAUCACAACGAGCGUGUCCUAGAGACAGCGGCGAGGUGGGGAUAUUGGGAUCCGGAAGACAGGAAAGACAACAUUCUAGUCCUCAAGAAAGACCGACUGUACAAGGACAUCGUGCCUCUGGUGAAGCCGCCCAUAACGACCUCGGGGGAGCUCAAGUUCGCUGAUACCAGGACGAAAAACCUGAGGACGUACCAUUUCGAGUUCAAUCAGGCGAAGUUGUGUUGCUAUAAGGACAAAGUGUACUCGGUGAAACUCCACGAGUGGAAGAUAGAAGAUAUAAUUUGGUAUUUGGGACAUGAACCGAAACGCAACCCGCAGAUGGGCUGGUCCAUCACUUUCAUAAUGAAGAACAAAAAACCAACAAGAUGUAAGGACAGCCCGUAUUUCGGGAAUACUUUGGCGGGUACGUCCAAGGACGACCAGUACAGAUGGUUAGCAGCCAUGCUUUUCGGCGAAUAUCAAUUGAAUCUUCGUCCUUCCGCGGUGAACCUCAUGGAUCCAUGACUGAUUAUUCUGUUAUUAAAAGUCGUUUAACAUUUCCAAAGUGAUCAGAUGAUAAUUUUUACCAUGAGAAUCGUAAGAUUCCACGCGAAUGUACAUACAGUAUUCCACAGUCGAUUCAAUAGAACUGAUUAAUUUAACAUCUUAUAGUCUCUUUACACACGCGCUAUAUCUUAGGGAUAUUUGAUCUCGCUUCAAAAGCGUCUACGUUAACGCUUAAUCGAACCGCGUUUGCGUAUCGACGAUGCUGUGAACGUUGAUCAAUAUUAUCGUUAACUAACGACCAUGUAAAACACGCCAUUUGUAGAAAGGUUAAUAAAAUAUUACGGUAAGAUAAUGUACGAUAUAGCGAUAUAUGUACGAUAUUUUAUAAUAAAUAUAUGUUGAACAUA